AUGGAAGAUACUACGAAGCUCAAUACAUCAAAAUUAGGUACAAAGCAAUACUGGGAUGAUUUCUAUGCCUUGGAAAGACAGAAUUUCAGAGAAAACCCAGAAGACACUGGUGAAUGUUGGUUUGACGAUAGCAACGGAGAAAUGAAAAUGGUUGAGUUUCUUUCUGAUAAUAUAGGACAGCAUUCUAUCAAGCAAGAUAGUUCAGUACUCGAUAUGGGGACUGGAAACGGUCAUUUGCUGUUUGAAUUGAUCGAGAACGAUUUCACAGGCAAAAUGUAUGGUGUAGACUAUUCUCAAGAAAGUGUUACAUUUGCACAGGAGAUAGCAAAAGAGAAAGGUCUUGAUGAUGGUAUAGUAUUUUCUCAGGCAGAUAUUUUUGAUACUGCAUGGAAUCCCGGGGAGUUUGAUAUCGUACUAGAUAAGGGAACCUUAGAUGCUGUUGCAUUGAGUGGAUUCAAGGUUGAUGGUGACAGGCCCAUUACUGAAGUGUAUAAUAAAGUAAUUGAGAAGCUUUUGAAGAAAGGGGGGGUCUUCUUGAUAACGUCAUGUAAUUUCACUCAAGACGAACUCAUUAAGAUUAUAGAAAAUGAUAAAUUGAAAUUCUGGCAUUCAAUUCAUUAUCCAGUCUUAGAAUUCGGUGGAGUUAAGGGAAGCACCAUAUGUAGCGUUGCAUUUAUUAAAGAGUGA